AUGACUUCCGUCACAGUGUUGAGAUCGGCGGCUGCUGAAAAAAAUAAAAGAACCAUUCUCGGUGAAUUAAAAAAGAUUCUAAAUGAAGGAGAUGACGUCAUCGUGCUCGAAGUUGCUUCCGGAACUGGCCAGCACGUGACUUUCUUUGCAGAGCACCUGCCCCACGUGACUUGGUUUCCAAGCGAGUGCAAUGACGUGUACAUGACCAGUAUCCAGGGCUACACACAAAUUACCCACCGACAAAAUGUGAAGGACGCCUUGUGGAUUGAUACGAGGGACGAACCGGAUAGUUGGGGCAAGGGUGGCCUUCAAUCCAAAGUGUCCAGUUUCGAUUACAUACUCUGCAUCAAUAUGUUGCAUUACUGUGAAUGGAACGCCUGCAAGGGUUUAUUCAAAGGUGUCAACCACUACCUUAAGAAUGGAGGAAGCUUGCUGAUAUACGGACCCUUCAUAGUAGAGAACGAGCAGUGUUCUGAAGAGAAUCAACAAUUCGACUGCAUGCUCAGACAACAAAAUAGUGAGUGGGGACUUCGUGAAACAGCACAUAUGGACAUCAUCAUCAUCAUCAUCGUCAUCAUCGUCAUCAUCGUCUCUAGAAUGCAAUUAUGAUGAUGUGGAUAUGUUGUUGAUGAGGAUGAGGAGGAGGAGGUUUUUGAUAAUGAUGAUGAUCAUGAUUAUGAUGAUGAUCAUCAUCAUAAUUAUGAUGAUGAUUUUCAUAAUUAUGAUGAUGAUCAUGAUGAUUGUCAUCAUUAUUUUAACGCAAACACAUCUGAAUAUGUAAUAGUAAUACAAAAAUGCUUAAGUGAUUAAAUCUUCAUUACGAACCAUUCAUUUCAAAUUUAUCCUCUUGCAAACAAGCACACUGGUCGUUAUUACCCCACACCACACAACCAAAUAUUACACCAAUACACGCACACACACACACGCACACGUGCACUCGCACACAAACACACACACACACACAUAUAUAUAUAAUUCAUAUAUACAUAUUAAUAUAUUGUCUAUGCGUAUAUAUAAUAAAUUUGUUAACCUAUAUUUGUGAUUAGCUUUGCUUCAGUUUGUUUAAUAUGUAUAAACAUAUUUGUGUUUGUGUCUGUGUGUGUAUGUAUGCAUGUGCGUGUACGAGUAUGAAAGUGUGUGUAUGUGUGUUUCUUGUUAACUCUUUUACUCAACUGUGAUUGUAGAAGUUUUGGCGUUGUAAUUGAAAUAUAGAACAGGAAAUUGGAAACCAUUAUUUCUUUAGAGAAAAUUUAAGGGAAUGUGUUUAGCUUAAAGUUUCAAAUUGAAUUUAAUUGUCGUUAUAAAGAUUUUUAAUAAUGUUUUUAAAAAUAAUAAUAAUAAUAACGGAGAUAAUAAGAAAAAUUAAAGGUAUAAUAAUUAUUACAUGAAGUCACUCAAAACGUUCCUAAUCUCAUUUUUUCUCAUUUUGAAGUUUUGUAGUAAUAAAAAAUUAAUGAAGA